CUCUAAUUUUAGGGUUUUCAGUAUUUUUUAUAUUUAUUUUUAAAAACAAACAAGAGGGUUUAGGGUUUACGAUUGUUCGUCCCUUCCGGUUCUCCAAGCCUCUUCAAGAUUAAGUUGAAGAAUUCUGCAUAGUUUUGAUACGUAUGGAGAUCAAUUUGAAGAAUAUAGCAUUUGAUCUUGAUUUUCAUCCGUCAAAUCAGCUUGUUGCUGCUGGUUUAAUCACCGGCAACCUUUUUCUAUAUCGUUACGCUGAAGAUUCGGAACCGCAGAGGGUCUUGAAGGUUCAUGCUCACAGUGAAUCUUGUAGAGCUGUUAGAUUCAUCAACGAAGGACGUGUGAUCCUCACGGGUUCUCCAGACUGUUCCAUUCUGGCCACUGAUAUCGAAACAGGAUCUCCAGUUGCGCGUCUUGAAAACUCCCAUGAGAAAGCUGUCAACCGCCUGGUUAAUCUCACAGAAACAACGAUUGCUUCUGGAGGUGACGAAGGGUGUAUAAAGGUAUGGGAUACCAGACAACAGUCCUGCUGCAAUUCGUUUCAAAUUCACGAAGAUUACAUUACUGAUAUGACCUUUGAACCCGAUUCCAUGAAACUUUUAGGAACAAGUGGAGACGGCACUCUAUCUGUUAGUAAUCUCCGAAGUAACAAGGUUCAAACACAAUCAGAAUUUUCUGAAGAUGAGCCGUUGUCAAUAGUGAUAAUGAAGAACGGGCGAAAAGUUAUAUGUGGGACUGAAAGCGGAACUAUGUUAUUAUACUCGUGGGGAUUUUUCAAGGAUUGCAGUGAUCGCUUUACGGCUCUCACUCCCAACCCUGUGAACGCCCUGCUAAAGCUUGACGAAGAGAGGGUUAUUGCUGGAACUGAAAAUGGUCUCAUCAGUUUGGUAGGUAUAUUACCCAACAGAGUAAUUCAGCCAAUUGCAGAGCACUCGGAGUAUCCUGUUGAGCGUCUCGCUUUUUCCCAUGAUAGAAAGUUUCUCGGAAGCAUAUCCCAUGAUUCGAUAUUGAAGAUGUGGGAUAUCGAUAGUCUACUUCAAGGUUCUGGAAAGAAAGUAGAGGGUAAAUCGGGUUCUGACAGUGAUGAUGAUGAUGACAUGGAUAUGGAUACCGAUAAUGCUCCUCCAAAAUCGUCAAAAGGAACAAAGAGGAAAAACAACGGACGUGCUCAAGGCCUCGAUACCACAAGUGAUUUCUUUGCAGAUUUAUAGUUGUAUGUUUGUGGUAAGUUGGAUACUCAUGUGAGUGUGAAAAAAGUAUGCACAUUGUGUUAGAAGGGCAACACAGUUUUUCUUGUUUCUUACAGGCAAAACACCCCACCCCCUAUUGUGAUUUGGAUUGUGGUUUUUUAUGAUCAAAUUGUCUGUGUGGAUGUAGUAGGCGUUCUUCCUCUAGGCA